GUUGGUCACAUCAUGAUCUGCUCAGCUAAUUAAACACAUUCUGAUAUCGAGAAGAACUGCACAGCAAGAUCUGCUUUUUCCAGUUUCUAUUGUCUAAAGUAUAAAAGGUACGCAAGAGGUGUGAUUUCAAGAAAGACAUUUUUUGAACAGCUACCUAGUAAGCAGUGGGGUAAAAACUAUGACUACCAUUGAGACAUUGCAUGAAACAUGUCACUGCUAUGGCAUGGAAAGGCAAAAUGCCAUCCUUUAUACUAUCCUAAGUCAGACAAACAACCAUAAUCACUGUUCAAGCUUGCUUCAUCAUAGCUGUCCCUGUGAGGGGAGAAGAACAGUCUGCUUAAAGACACCCCAGCUAACUUGUCAGGCUGCCUCUGAUGUGCUAGUAAAGACUGUCAGUUUCAUGAAGAACCUGCCUUCCUUUCACAAUCUGCCCAAGAAGGACCAAUUUCUACUCCUGGAGAGUUGUUGGACACCCCUUUUUAUUCUUGGACUGGCUCAAGACAUGGUUUUCUUUGAGGUGGUUGAAACACCUGUGCCCAGUAUGCUCAAAAGGAUUUUGCUAAAUGGACAGUGUAAAAGUCAAGUAGAAGAGUCCGACAGGACCCAGCCAACUCUGUCAGGAGUACAGAGACUGCAAUCCUGCCUCAACAAAUUCUGGAGUAUGGACCUCAGCCCCAAAGAAUAUGCUUAUCUUAAGGGGGCAAUUCUAUUUAACCCUGAUAUUCCAGGCCUGAGAGCUUCCCUUUAUGUUGAGAGCCUACAGCAAGAAGCACAAAGAGCUUUGCGUGAAGUCCUUUUGCCUCUUCAUCCAGAGGAUAUAGGUCGCUUUGCACGCAUUCUGUUGACAGCAUCCACAUUAAAGACUAUUUCACCUGCACUAAUCACGGAACUUUUUUUCCGACCCAUUAUGGGAAGUACAGAUAUUAUUGAUUUGCUGAAUGAAAUGCUUCACACUAAAUGAAGGGCAUAAAACAAUUAUUUUUGGACAAAGGACUUUCACUGAACCACUUUCAUUGUAUAGAACUUGUGUUAUUUAAAAUAGCUGGAUACUCUGCUGCAUUUUUGUAAAUAAUUUUAAGUUAUUUUAUUUGUAAUAAAACAUUAUUUUGGAAGAC